AUAUAGUAAGGUUAUUAUGUGAAAUUGGAAGAGAGGUCUACUACUAGAGACAUCACAAUAAUGGAAGAGAAGAGAGUUAGUUCCAUUAGUUUUGAAGAUUCUGCUACAAAGGGGGAGGUGAAAGAAGAAAAUGGAAGGUUGAAGAUGAUCACAGAAAGAGUAGAAGAGAAUUAUCACUCUCUUCAACUCCAAUUCUUUGAUAUCCUUACAAAAAAAGCAUUCAAAGAAGUUGUGAGUGAUUCAGCUACAAACACAAUUGGUGAUGAAACUGAAGAGGAGCAUGAACUUGUUUCACUUUGCCUUGGAAGGAAUCCAAGUAAGCAUAACAAAGAUGUUGCAAGAAUUGGAAACAACUCCAAAAUCAAGGUUAAUAAAGAAAAUGAAGAGUUUGAAAAACCAUGUUUAACUCUUGGAUUAGACUCUAAAUAUGUGUUGCCAAAGGAAUCAGCAGAAGAAACUUUGUCAUCAAUAAAACAGAAACAUCAAGUGAAAGUGAAGAAUAGUUCAAAUGAUGGAAGUUCAGAUCAAAUGCCUGCUAAGAGAGCCAGAGUUUCUGUUAGAGCUAGAUGUGAUUCUCCUACGAUGAAUGAUGGAUGCCAAUGGAGAAAAUAUGGACAGAAAAUAGCAAAAGGAAAUCCAUGUCCACGAGCAUACUAUCGUUGCACGGUUGCGCCCGCAUGUCCGGUUAGGAAACAGGUGCAAAGAUGUGCUGAAGACUUGUCCAUCUUGAUCACAACAUACGAAGGAACACAUAACCACCCACUUCCAUUUUCAGCAUCAGCUAUAGCUUCCACCACUUCUGCUGCAGCUUCCAUGCUUAUUUCAGGUUCUUCAGAGUGUCACAAUUCUUCAUUUUUUAAAAAUGUGUCAACACUACACAGUGGUGUUACUGGUGUAUGUCUUGGUCAGCAGUUUGAUCAAUCAAGAGCAACAAAAAAUGUCUUCCUACCAAACAAUAAUGUAACUUUAGACCUCACUUUUUCUGCUUCAAACACUUUAUUACCUUCAAACACUUCUUCUGUUAACCCUUUCACAAUGCCUAUUCCUUUUGAGGAGAAAACACACAUAAUAAGGCCAGUUAUGUUGAGAAACUCUUCAAGUUGGGGUAAGCAUUUUUAUGAAGAGUGCAUGAGGAACCGAACUCUUCAUCCUCCAAAGGAUGCUUUUUUAGCAGAAACAAUAACAAAAGCAAUGAAAAGAGAUCCAAGUCUUCAUUCUGUGAUAGCUGCUGCAGUUUCAUCUAUUGUGGGGCAACAAGGAUAUUCAACAAGUUGCAACAACCAAGAAGGGUCAGAGAUUCUUAUACCUUCAACUCAAUUGGGAUCUUCCAUUCCCUUCAAUCAAAGUAACAAAGGAUUCAUAGAAGGGUACUUCAAAAGAUUGUUGUCCUCAAGUUCUGGUGCUGGAGACAUGCUUCCAUAGUUGAUCACAUCAACAAUUAAGUUCAGAAGAUAGAAACCAACACAAAUCAUUAACUCUCUUGUCCUCUUAACCACGGUCUGACGACUAGACAAGGUUCAAUAUGACUAGAGUCGCGAACAGUAUAACUAAACUCCUAAUAGUUAAAGUCGCAAACAAUAUGACUCACAAGAGUAGACUUAGAACAAAAAGAAGGAACCAAAUAUAAUGUUGUAACCAUCAUGCACAUGGUUAUUCCAUGCCCUUUUUGUAACUACUUUUACUUUAUCACCGUAUUUGCAGUAAACUGUAACUGUAAAGGUAUAAGUCUUC